AUAGAAAUAACUCGACCACAGUGCCAACCCCCAACAGACUCACCGUCACUCACUACCUCACCGUCACUGAUAUGGAAAACCUCCUGGGGCUGUCUGGUGCUAGGGUUUGUUUUCUUUUUGCAAAUCUGAUUUGAUCUGUCUAUCCCUUUUGUUUUCUUGGCGGGAAUUAACUCUACCCUCUUUCUAAAAAAAAAAAUCCCCAAAUUAAAAUACAAAAAGAAACCCUAGAAAGCAAAAGAAGAGUAGCGUAUCAUAUCCAAGUUGAAGAAAUAAAGAGGAGAGGGUGAUGGGGAAAGACGAAGACGAAAUGAGGGGAGAGAUAGAAGAACGAUUGAUAAACGAAGAGUACAAGAUAUGGAAAAAGAACACGCCUUUCCUCUACGACCUUGUCAUCACUCAUGCCCUCGAAUGGCCUUCUCUCACGGUCGAAUGGCUUCCCGAUCGCGAGGAGCCUCCUGGCAAGGACUACUCCGUUCAAAAGAUGAUUCUUGGCACCCACACCUCCGAGAACGAGCCUAACUAUCUCAUGCUUGCCCAGGUCCAGCUUCCUCUUGACGACGCAGAAAACGACGCCCGUCACUACGAUGACGAUCGCUCCGAUUUUGGAGGAUUUGGCGCCGCCAAUGGCAAGGUGCAAAUAAUUCAGCAAAUAAAUCAUGAUGGGGAGGUGAAUAGGGCGCGGUAUAUGCCGCAAAACCCAUUCAUGAUAGCUACCAAGACAGUUAGUGCUGAAGUUUAUGUCUUUGACUACAGCAAGCACCCAUCUAAGCCGCCUCUUGAUGGUGCUUGUACUCCUGAUUUGAGAUUGAGGGGUCACAGCACUGAAGGCUAUGGUUUGUCUUGGAGUAAGUUUAAAGAAGGGUAUUUGCUUAGUGGUUCUGAUGAUGCUCAAAUUUGCUUGUGGGACAUUAACACCACUCCUAAGAAUAAGUCUCUUGAUGCCAUGCAAAUCUUUAAGGUUCAUGAAGGUGUUGUAGAAGAUGUAGCGUGGCAUCUGAGACAUGAACAUUUGUUUGGUUCUGUUGGGGAUGAUCAAUACCUGCUUAUAUGGGAUCUCCGAACUCCAUCUGUUACUAAGCCUGUCCAUUCCGUAGUUGCUCACCAGAGUGAGGUUAACUGCUUGGCUUUUAAUCCUUUUAAUGAAUGGGUUGUGGCAACGGGGUCUACUGAUAAGACUGUCAAGUUAUUUGACAUACGGAAGAUCAAUACUGCACUUCAUACAUUUAACUGUCACAAGGAGGAGGUUUUCCAAGUCGGGUGGAAUCCAAAGAACGAGACUAUCUUAGCUUCUUGUUGCCUUGGUAGAAGGCUUAUGGUCUGGGAUCUUAGCAGGAUUGAUGAUGAGCAGACACCAGAGGAUGCUGAAGAUGGCCCACCAGAAUUGCUUUUCAUUCAUGGUGGUCACACCAGUAAAAUAUCAGAUUUCUCAUGGAACCCAUGUGAAGAUUGGGUUGUUGCUAGUGUAGCUGAAGAUAACAUCCUUCAGAUAUGGCAGAUGGCAGAGAAUAUCUACCAUGAUGAAGAUGAUAUACCAGCAGAUGAAUCAACAAAAGAUUCCUAGUGUAUUUACCAGGCUCUAAUAGUAUAUUAUCAAUCACACGACGGGUGCUUGUAGGAUCUUUUUAGUUUUUUAGUCGCCUUUUUUUUUUGGUUAGCCUCCAAUAGAUCUCCCGUGUAUGGAGGCUCUUUUUUCGAUCCUUGUUCCGAACUUUUUUGGGUCAAAUGUGGUCGCUUGUGCGUUGUUUGGAUGAUGCUUUGCUGCGGCGUUGCACAAGGUCAUAAUCUGGUUUAAAAGAUGAAGCGCCUGCCGGAGAAAAUCAUAUAACAGAAGAAGUUUAAGUGGGUUA